CGCACCAUCAAGCUGCUGACCGGGGCCAAGUACAAGAUCGAGGUGGCCCUCCGGCCCGGCACCGUCCAGGCCACCACAAUGGGCAUCGGGGGUGUCAACGUCCCACUGGAAGAGAAAUCGAGGGAUGCACAGGUGGCCUCUUACACAGGGAUCUACGACACAGAAGGGGUGCCCCAUACCAAGAGCGGGGAGAGACAACCCAUCCAGGUCAACAUGCAG